UUUGAAAGAAGUGUUGGUAAAAUAUGAUAUAGAAUCCAAAGGCAUAGAUGCAAUUCCACUAUUCAGUUCACUGAUUCCUCAUAGUAUUCAAGAUGAUGAUGUGUAUUUUGAAGAAUAUAUCACAGAAAUUAACAAAAGGCUAAGGGACUAUGAUAUCUUAUACCUGGAUAGUUUAAAAGCUAUGCAUAAUAAGUAUAUAGUUACGAUACUCUAUAUUAUUAGAAAUGAAACAAAAAAAGAAUUUAACAUAAGGCCACAACAAGAAAUUAUCGGAGAAGAAAGUUCUGGACGUUUCUUGGAUAAGGACUCGGAAAAAUAUCAGACUUUGUAUAAGAAUGUGAAAAAGAUUUUGGAAAUGAUUAUUGGAUUAUUAAAGGAUAGGCAAGAAGGAAUAAAGCAAGCUAUAGGAUUAACGCCAGCCUGUGAAAGUAUUCUUGUUAAAUUUAAUGAAAAAGUUCUAAAUCUGAAUUGUACUUUGAAUAACUUGCAUGAUUUUGAAAAGCCAGAGAAAUCUGGAGGCAUAGGAAUGAAAAUAAGUGGUAUUUCUGAAAUAUCACAAGUAUCUUCAGUCUGCUAUAUAGAUUUAGAAUGUGAAAGAACACUUGCUUCUACAUGUAUCAAAACUAAAGAAGGAAAGAUUAAUAUCAAUAAUAAAAAAAUUGCAGAAGCACUUAUAUCAUUUGUUACCAGAAAACUCCCAAAAGCUACAAGAGGUCCAAUAGAUAUUCAUAGAUGGAUGGAAGAAAAAUAUUAUUCUACAGUACCAAUUCCUUCGCAAGAGCUUAAAGCAGAAUAUAAUGAACUUGAAAAAUUCCUGAAAGAUGCACAAUCUUACCAAUUUCAUUGCUGGCAAGAAAGAGAAGGUAUUAAGUCCACACCUAGGAAUGUUGUUGAAAUUUGGCAACAAUCUCAAGUAGAAUCAAUAAGUGCAUCAGAAGCAUUAUCUUGGCUAGUAGCAUGGGAAUUUGCCAAAAAUCUUCAUCUAUUCACAGCAGGACUUAUUAGACAACAUCUUACAGAAAAGGAAGACUGGAUUCCAAUAUCUCUUAUAGAUUACCUGCUUAGUAUUGGAUGGCUUAUAAGUAUAACUCCAAGAGAAAUCAUAUAUAGUGUAGGCCAACUUACACUAUGGGGUGAUAAAGAAGGUCUGCAUAAAUUUCUUACAGAAUGGGCUGAUGAAGUAAUCUGGUAUAUGGAAGACUAUCAUGCACAAGAUAAUGAACUCAAGAUAUUAAAAUUACAUAUGUGGAUAAAAAAUGAUAUUACUCAAUUACUAAAAUUUCAUAAAACUAUACCUAAAACAACAUGGGAAAAUGCUUUUGCUCAGUAG